AUGGCGCAGGAACAACAGGAACAACAAGAAUCCCCCCUCCACCUUGCUGAAAUCCUCUCCGACCUCGUCUCUUUACGAGUCUGCGACCCAUCCGCCGCCCUAGCCCUCGUCUCCGCGCGCCCCAACACCUCCACCCACACAGAGACGCAGAAAAACGCAGAAGAAGACGACGUCGAGUUAGGCCGGGCGAAGGAGUUGCUCAAGUUGCAUUACGAUGUCAAGGAGAGGCAUAAGAGAGGGGAUUUAGCCAGGGGGCUGGAGGAGGCGAGGCGCGAGGUGGGGAGGGUUGUUGGCGGGUGA